AUGACCGGGCUCCUCUCUUCCCGCAUGCUUCCAGAACUGCCAGACUUCUCUCCCGAGCGAUCUGUCUCAAGCCCACAGGCUGCUUCUCCCAUGGACGAACUGCCAGACUUCUCUCCCGAGCCAUCUGUGCAAAGCCCAAAGGCUGCUUCUCCCAUGGACGAACUGCCAGAUUUCUCUCCCGAGCCAUCUGUGUCAAGCCCAAAGGCUGCUUCCCCCAUAGACGAACUGCCAGAUUUCUCUCCCGAGCCAUCUGUGUCAAGCCCAAAGGCUGCUUCCCCCAUAGACGAACUGCCAGACUUCUCUCCAGAGCCAUCUGUGUCGAGCCCAAAGGCUGCUUCUCCCAUGGACGUCCUAUCCAAGCCAUCUACAUCAUUUGGAACAGCAGCUACAGGACAGCAAUUUGUGGGCACCAUACCUAUACAGAUUUCCAAGUUCCUCAGCCUUCCAACUGUUAGAACCUUGAGGACAUGGCUCUCUGCUAUUGCCAUAAGACCUGGUUUGUUGCCUGCUGUACUUGAUCUCAUCAAAGAACAAACCAAAAAUUGGCCUUUAACAGAAAGAGCUUGUUGCUUGGUAUUUGAUGAAAUUUCUUUAAAAAGAAAUUUGCAAUAUGACCCUAAAGAAGAUGUUAUACAUGGGUAUGUUGACGAUGGGAGAGAAAGGACUGGCAGUGUAGCGAAUACUGCAAUGCUCGUGCUGCUAAGAGGAAUAGCCAAAAAAUGGGUUCAGCCUGUAGCUUUCUUAACAGGGGAUGGCACAGUUCGUUCAGGACCCUUUUUACUCUUACUUAAGCAGCUUAUCAGCAGACUAAAAUUAUGCAACCUCUUUGUAAAAGCACUAGUAUGUGACCAAGGUGGGAGCAAUUGUGUGGUUGCAAAAACACUCGGUGUAAGUCCUGAUAGGCCAUUCUUUGUCAUUGAAGAGACUAAAGUAUAUUUCAUUUUUGAUGUGCCUCACCUGCUAAAAUGCACAAGGAAUAACCUGCGGAAGCAUGACCUUCAAAUCGUUGCAGACAUUGUAUCUUGGAAGCACAUAAGAACAUUGUAUGAGUCUACCCACCACUUGAAGCUGAAGUAUGUUCCGAAGUUGACUGAUAAACAUAUAUACGAGAGCCCAUUUGGCAAUAUGAAAGUGAAGUUUGCUUCGCAGGCUUUUAGCAACAGUGUUUACCUAGCAAUUGAAGCUUUUGUAGCCUUCACUGUUCUUCCACCAGAGGCCACAAAAACAGCUGAAUUUGUCGAAAGAAUGGACCAGCUAUUUGACACAUCAAAUAGCUCAUGUGUCCAUAUCAGAGAAAGGAAGAUGAGGCACGCUAUCAGUGAACAAACUGAGCAUAUAAAUUUCCUAAAUUCCUGCAUUUCCUGGAUUAAAGGGACCGUCAACUGCCCAGAGCAUGAAACGAGAUGA